CUUAAAUUGAUUUUUAUUUCUUUAUGGCAAGUAUGUUUUACAGUUAAAGGUAAAUGACCUCCAGGUCAUCUACUAUACCUUAGCAGAGGAGAAAGAAGUAGGCUGGCCUUUUAAGUGAGUGAGUUAAACUGUUUUGUGAACACAAAGACAUUAUUUGCCAACACUUUAAAAAUCGAAUGGGAUGAGGAUACUCAAAUAACAAAUAAUUUUGUUGGUUGGUUGUGAAGAUACCCUAAAAACACACUACUUCGAUACAGCUACGACCAGAAGUUACUUUUUUUGUAGCGGGUUAGGAGAUUUUACGCAGCAGGUAAGGAGAAUCAACAUAGCAGGUUAGGAUUUUUUUUUUAAAUUUUUUUUACCUUUAUUUAACCAGGAAGGGCUCAUUGAGAUUAAAAUAUAUUUUUCAAGAGCGCCCUGGCCAAAAUAGGCAGCACCAAUUCAUUACAAAAGAAUUACAGACAGAAAACAUGAAAAACUACAAGUAAUCUAGUAAAAAGGAUACUUAGAUUAAGGUUAGGAAAAGGGUUAGGGUUUGGGUUAGCGAAAAUGCUCUCAGAUCAUAACCUGCAAUGAAAAGUAAUUUCUGGUCAUAGUUGUUUCAAAGUGGUGUGUUUUAAGGGAGUCCCAUUGGUUGUGGUUGGAAUAAAGUCAAUUAUUUACACAUAUAAUAUCCCUUCUCUGUGAGGAAAAAAAUAAACAGUUCAGUUUCAUGGGAGAGAACUUGAUUCUCUCUGAAGGUUUGGACCACAUAAUAUACCUCUCUGCACAGGGACUCACGCCUCGAUCACACGGACCGUGCUCUUCAUUCCGGGACUCCAGAAGUACAUUCAUUCCAAUGGAACGCUGCUUUGCAGAGGCAGUUGCAAUGCGUUCUAUGUGGUGCUAAACAUAGGAUUUAAAAAAUGUAUGCGUCAAACUGUAUUCGUAGACGAAUUGACAGAAAUGGUAGCAGUAGGUGAAUGUUGAACUUUUGUUGCACCCAUAUCCAGAUGAUGCUGCGUUCUAUUGUGCGCAGAGCACUAUCGGUCUGAUCAAGGCGUCACUGUCUAGUCGGAACUAAAAGUGUCUGAUCAAACGAAGGGAGAACUAUUUUCGAUAGAACCGGAAACAUGGUGUAUGUCAAGAAAAAAUAUGGCGGCGCCCGUAUGUAGAAAUACCUUAACGUUAUAGCUGACAUUAAUCAAGCUACAUGUUGGACAAUAUUAAUUAACGCUAAAGGUAACAGUGUCACACGAAUAAAUCUUAAUUCUAGAGGGGCCCUCGUGUAAUUUGUUGAGCUUGUCUUGACGAAUAAACUAGCCAUACUGGAGUCGAGCAUUGCUAGCUAAUUUUGACACACUGGUGGCAUUAGUAGAUGCCCGCCCGACCAAUGACAGAAGAUGUGGAACAAUGUCAAGGCAAAAGUAAUGGGUCUGAAAAUACUCCAUGGCUUUUGCAAUUAUUACACCCAGAGGCAUGCAUCUGUUGGCGUGUGGGUCAAAAGAACGCCGGAGAAACAUAGGCGUUGUGGACAAGUCCCUGGCAAGACUCGCCUAUUUGCCACUAGGAACUACUUAUCAACAGAACCACCUUGGAGGGUCCUUUUCUUUGGGACAGAUGAUUUUGCUGUAGAAUCCCUCAAGCUGCUCUCUGCGUCAAGGGACUCCAAUGACCGAAUUGUGGAAUCACUUGAGGUUGUCACACUAUCCAAUGACGUCCCUGUGAAGAAGUUUGCUGAUCAAAACAAACUACCCGUUCAUGUCUGGCCUCUCGGGGAUCUUCAAGGGCGGUUCGAUGUCGGGGUGGUGGUGUCGUUUGGCUGCUUGCUUCGGGAAGGACUUAUCAACCAGUUUCCAUGUGGGAUCCUGAAUGUCCACCCCAGCCUUCUCCCCAGAUGGCGCGGCCCCGCCCCAGUGUUCCACACCAUCCUACACGGAGACACUAUCACCGGGGUCAGCGUCAUGCAGAUACGACCAAAGAGGUUUGAUGUGGGUCCCAUUCUUCAUCAGGAGAUCUACCAGGUCCCAGACAACUUCACAGCUGACCAGCUAGGAGCUACUCUGGCCACCAAGGGAGCCCAGCUGUUGAUUGACACAUUAAGGACCCUUCCAGAGAGAAUCACAAACCGAAGGGAGCAAGCUCAAGACGGUGCCACUUUAGCCCCUAAAAUCAGCACAUCGAUGAGCUGGAUCGUAUGGGAGGAGCAGACCUGUGUCCAGAUCGACUGCCUGUUUCGUGCCAUCGCAUCCCGGAUCCCAUUGAGAACAAUUUGGAUGGGCAAGACCAUAAAGCUGCUGGACUUUGCUGGCAAGUGCAACAUUUCACUAUCAGGUCGAGGGAGGAUACCUGUGCCAGGAUCUAUGAGUUAUCAGAAAGAAUCCAACACCUUGGCUGUCUGUUGUAAGGAUGGCUGGGUGGGAUUCAAGGCGGUGAUGCUGAAGAAGAGACUGUCGGCAGCGGACUUCUACAACGGAUAUCUCCAUCAGAGCUUCCAGAACAGAUCUGGCCCUCCCAAGCAGGAGUGCCUGUUCCACAGUAACAGAACUAAAUUACAUUCAGCUGGAGAGGAGAACUCAUUGACACAGCUACACGCUGUGCAUUAAAACACAAAACAACAACCUACUUUAAUGUUAUUUGAUUAGAUACAUUUCCUGUAAAAAAUAAAGGAUCUAUACUAUGUCUGUUUUAAGACAACAUAUUUAAGAGUACACACAAGAGUAGUGUUCAGCAGGGAACACCGUGGCAAAACGUUUUGAAACUAAAAAUGAGCAUUUCUUAUUGUUCAAGUCCAGGUAGUAACGACCCUCUGUUUCAAAAACGUUUUCUCUUAUUUUACACCUACUGGAAACUAUUUCCUGAUAGCCUAUGGAACACAUGAAUGUAAUAAUAGUGAUAUCAUGGAGAGACUGUUGUGUGUGAGUAGUUUGUUGUCGAAUGCAAAACCCUCAAACCCGUUAGACUACCAAAAUAACAGUUGUAUUUGCAUAAAUAAACAUUUACAAUGUU